CCAGCUAUGUGUGUGUGCGUGUGAUUGAAUAAAUUAGGGUGUGAUUAUCUCCACCAUUGAUCUGAGUCCUCCCGCGAACCAGCUCAUUAAUAUUAAGUAGAUUCAGGAGGCAUAAGACCGGCCCCUUCCACCAACGCGCCCACAUCCAGCAUCCACCAGGCAACAUCCCGCACAGCUUUCAUCAGACUUUCAGACCGGCGACUUCAGGGCGAAUCUUUCAACUUGGCCUGGAUCGACUCUGUUCUCCGAGACGAACGAUGGCUUUGAGGGGACCCGUUCUCCGUCUUCUCAGGACUCAUCUGAGCUCCUGCCAGCAGAGCAGACCGCAGUCCGUGGCGGUGCUGGGAGCUCCUUUUUCAAGAGGACAGAGAAGAAGAGGAGUGGAGCACGGACCGAAAGUAAUCAGAGAUGCGGGGCUCAUCGAGAGGCUCUCCGGGUUUGACUACUCUGUGCAUGACUUUGGUGACCUUGACUUCCACCACUUUGAGAAGGAUGAACCCUACAUGGACGUAAAGUCCCCUCGCAAUGUGGGUGCAGCGAAUAAGAUGCUGAGCGGCGCAGUGAGCAGAGCUGUCGGCGCUGGGCACACGCUCGUCAUGCUGGGAGGUGAUCACAGUCUUGCCAUUGGAUCGGUUGGAGGCCACGCUCAGCAGAGUCCUGACUUAUGUCUCAUCUGGGUUGAUGCUCAUGCAGACAUAAAUACGCCCAUGACCUCUCCAUCAGGGAACCUCCACGGCCUGCCUGUGGCGUUCAUGCUCAAAGAGCUGCAAGACAAGAUGCCAGAUAUCCCAGGGUUCUCCUGGAUGAAGCCAUUCCUGUCCUCAAGGGACCUGGUGUACAUCGGACUGCGGGAUGUUGACCCCGGAGAGUACCACAUCCUGAAGAACCUGGGCAUCCAGUACUUUACCAUGAGGGAUAUCGACAGACUAGGCAUCCAAAGGGUCAUGGAGGUCGCUUUUGACCACCUUCUGGCGAGAAAACAGCGACCGAUUCACUUGAGCUUUGACAUCGACGCGUUCGACCCGUCUCUGGCUCCGGCCACUGGAACGCCAGUCAACGGAGGUCUGACCUACAGGGAGGGAAUCUACAUCACAGAGGAAAUCCAUAACACAGGUCUGCUGUCGGCCAUGGACCUGGUAGAGGUAAACCCCAUGCUGGGCGCCAGCCGUGAAGCCGUGGAGGCCACCGCCUCUCUAGCAGUCGACGUCAUCGCGUCGUCUCUUGGACAGACGAGAGAAGGAGCUCACCCGUCUAUUGAUGUAAUUCCUGCUGUCAAGGACGACACAGAGCAGCUCCGCCUCUAGGCUCGAAGCAAACCUGUGAACUUUAUCAACAUCAACCCUGAGCAUUCCACAAAGACUCAAUAUCAUAGCUACAAUUUUGAAGCUUUUUGCUCCCAUCUCUCUGCUGUUAAGUGUUUUGUUGAAUGAUGAAAACUGAAUUAUGUCUGGAAUCAUAAAGCUAUAAAAAGGGCUUUAAAGAUUUGACGUUCACGAUGGUAAUGCUGAGGCCUUUGCCACAUUUGAGAAACCACUACACCAGACGGGAAUACUCGUCUUUUCAGCGAUCAUAACUUAUUUUUGCUCCCGUAUGUAAUAAGUUAAGUGUUAGAGGACACAAUCGCCACAUAUUUAUUGUGUAUUUGGUUUACAAGAGAAUGACCUGCCUCAGAGGUAUGAUAAACCAAGUUUGACUUAGUCUGAAGUCCACAGUGUAACUUGGACUGUAAAGUGUUAUGUGGCUGUGCCAGUUUUACUAAAAAUUAGUAAAAAAAAAAAGAUGUGUUUGCACUUUUGGACCAGCUGUGGUUACUGUAUCUUCUUUAGAGUUGACUUUUAUUUUUUCACAUGGAACCUACCAGUAGAUAUUCUAGAAUUACAGUGUGUAUACUAACAAUGUCCAUAUAAAUUGGCUUGAAAUCGAAUCUAAUCCAGCCCUGAUCCAAAUGCUGGCGAUUUUAUUUCUCUUUGUUCUUUAGCUUGAACUGAUCUAAAGCUUGGUCCAUGUUCGACCUGAUGUGGAAACUAAAUGACGGAAGUCCUUGUAACAAAGAGUUUAUAUUUUGGUCUUCCAUAAAUGUGAUUACAUUUUUUGCUCA